AUGGCGCCAUCAUCAGACAAAUAUCGGACCGUGCUGCCGACACUCGCACCGGCACCGGCACCUUCGGCAUCACCAGCAUUAUCGACACUUCCCAUCCUCGCACCAGCACCGCCACGCUCAUCCACCACACCCUCCACACCACUCACUUCUACCACCGCCGCAACCGCGGCAGCUACAGCGGCGGCCGCCAUGGCCAUUGGCAUCUACCCAGAAGACAAAUUCACCAGCACCAGCACCAGCACCACCAUCACUACAGGACCAGACGAGGAUCUAUGGCCAGCCAUCGAGAGAAACUACUUCUCUCAAAUGGCGCGCAUCCGCAGCGGCGAGGACGCGGCGCUCGCAGCAGAGCACGUGUCGCGCGCCGAGACCCUGCGCACGCGUCUGCUAGCCAACUUCAACGCGCAAAAGUCGCUGAUGCUCCAACUUGACGCGCUGCGACGCGACUAUGACGAGUACCAGGCGCAGCUGGAGGGCUUGGAUCCGCUGCUGGCGCAGGUGCGUGCGGAACGGGCCAGGGAGAGGGAAAAGGAGGAUCGGAAAAAGAGGGAGUGGUUCCGAUGGUACCGGAGGGGGGGGUUGGGGUAUGCGAAUCAGGCUGGAAUUGUUGAUGGUAGUGGUGGCGGUGAAGAGGAGCAAGAAAGCCGGAAGGUGGGGGAUCGGGAUGUGGCGCUGGAUGUUGCGAGUAGUGGAUUGAGUCGCGAGGAUGGGCUGGGAAAUGAGCAGUUCGUGGGUGGUAACACAGGGAAUGCAGGAACGGUUGCGAAUGACAAUGCGCAGAGGCGACUGUCUCAAUCGACGCAGGCGACUGAAGAUGCGGGCGGACACGAGGAGGAAUCGUCCGCUACGCCUUCAACGCCUAUAAUUGCACACGAGGAAGCGCAGGAAGCGUUGCCAAAUGACGUCGCAAAGAUCCCUUACACCACUACGGCUAAUGAGGCGGAGCUGACGGAACAAGUCCCGGAGGAUCUCGGCACUAAUGAGGCCGUCGAUGCAGAUGAAGCUGGCCAACAAACAGUAACGGCCACGGCCGAGGAUCCGGAAAAGCCACAGAAUGUUGAAAUAGCUCCUAAUGGAGAACCCGAUGUUCAGCGGGCCAACAGCGUGCAGCCAGCAGCCGAUGGGAGGACUUCAGCGACACAUUCCCGGCAGAAUAGCAACCACAGUAUCCGGUCAACUAUCAACAACGAGGCCGAGAAUACCGCUAGCGACAAAGUCCAAUCCCAAGUCGUCGACGAGGACAUUGAAAUGGUGGAUGCUGAGACUCAGCCCAUCGAGGAACCAGAGGCGCCCAAGGCAGUCCCUGCUGCUGCUCCAUCCCUAGCUUCAUCUUCUGAUCUGAGCUCCCGUAACACCACACCUGAUCUCGACACACCCGUCUCGAUGUCUAAGGAGCCUACUACGGCGGUGGAAAGCCCUCGGCAGCCAAGUGCGCCAGAAUCGCGACGUGAAAGUCUCGGCUCGGUGAGAUCGCCGGCCAGGACUCGCUUGUCUGGGGGCAGCUUUGCGAGUACCGUCUCCCUAGACCACUCGAGGGACUCCAUCGAGGCAGUAUCGGUUGAUGGGAAUGGCGGCGAGGCCAACAAGGAGGCUUCACCAAAAAAAGGCCCUCGUAAACCACUCCCAGGUGCGCGCAGGGUCCCUCUGCCGUCAACUUCUAUUACGACCUCUUUCUCUGCCCAAGAAGAUAAACUCCCCGAAAUCAACAAGGCUGUCCUCAGCGUAAAACAUGACGGGGUGGUCUUCACCGAUCCACCCAUAAUACGCGGUGUACCUCUGGCCAAGAUCUCGCCCGACCAUCCCUACUGGGAGCCUAGCUGGCCCAAGAUCGAAGACCUCUCUGGCUCGACACACCGGGACAAGCACCUGGCAAACCGUGACGCCAAGCUGGGACGUACGAUCCUCAAGUUCCUCAAGGACGGCGAGCUCCACCCGUACCAGCUCGUCGGCAAGGAAUGGAUCAACACCCGCAUCACCAACUACGAUACGCUUUUCCGACUUGUGCAGCUGCUGACAGAAGAGCUGCCCAAGAUGAACCUGGACGUCACGCCAUCGGAGUGGCUCCGCGCGCGCAAUGGGUUUGCUCGCGUUGGCCGCCCACCAGCUCAUGUCACCAAGAGCGCAAAUGGCGAGACGGGGAGUGGUAGCACGGCCAAAAAGACCACGGCUGCGCGGUCGCUAAAGCGCAAGGAUCCGCAUCAGACACCGGAUGCGACGCCGACUAGAGCAAGGGCGGCUGUAGGUAGUGGCACUUCUGCCGAGCAGGAAUCGCGGCCGACAACAGCAGAGUCGUCCUCGGGACAAUCCACUGUUCCCAAUGGUGAAGGGCAAAGGGUCAAGAAGAUCAAGAUCGUCGCCUCAUCUGGGCAACAGUCUCGAGAGGGGCCUAAGAGCAACGGCAUAUCCCCGUCCACGAAACGGCCCAGCAUUAUCCUCAAGAAGUCUCCUACAAAGGCAAAGAUGGGGGAACGCCAGUCUGACCAAGACGAGGCUGACGACGAGUCGGAAGGUGAAGUUGCAGGGGAAGCCGAAAAGGAACGCGAAGCCGAAGAGGAAGAAACACAAGAGGAUAAGAACAAGGAAAAGACCCACGACAGCAUCACCGCCAAAUCACCCCCUGCCCAGGUCGUCGUCGUCGUCAACAUCCACCAGAAGGACAACGACCAAGUCGACAACCCCGAAGAGGAAGAGGCCACCUCGGACAUCGGCUCCACGCUCGACUACGACGGCUACACCUCAUCCGACUCUAUCAGCGGCGACCGCCUAAUGGAAAACGAAUGGCAGCUACACCAAGUCCGCACGCGCUCCAAGGGCACCAACCCGCGCGUUACGCAGUACUGGCACUGGGUCAAAGACGAGAACCAGCACCCGUACCCGCGCCGACCGUCCUCCAAGUCCAAACACCGCCGCGGCCAUAACGCGCAUCACCACGAGGACAACGGCCCGAACCAGCGCGUGGUCAUCGAGCACCAGGUCCUCGAGGACGUCGGACCCAUCAAGUGGUCCGUCUUCAAGAAACCGUGUAACUUCCAUCUGAAACUGGCCGAUAUCGAGGAAGUGUCUCACACUCCCGGUUCUACUAAGGUGGUCGUGACGCAUAAGAAGGGCAAAGACGGGCGCGAUGUGGGACCGCGCGGGGACGUGAUGGCGCAGUUCCGAAGGGAUCGUACCAAGAGGCGGUUCUUGCGUUUUUUGGUACGGGAGAUGGGGAUAAGGGUUGUUGCGAGGAGUGUUGAGGCGAUAGAAGCGACUUGGAACUCUAUCGAUCCCGAGAUACUCCCUGGGCCGGAUUCGGACUAA